AUGGAUCAAUAUGAAAAAAUUGAAGCAAGAAAAAAAAUCUUAAAUUCUAAUAAAUUAUCUUCAUCAGUUUCUGAUAUUGAUCAACUAUGUAAUUUAAUUGAUGAAAGUACAUUUGGUCUUAAAACUCUCUCAUCAUCAAAAUUUCAUUCUGUUCCAUCAUAUCAAGUAAAAGCAUUUCGUUCAUCGCGUCUUAAACGUUUACAUUCAUCAUCAAUAACAAAAUCAAAUAUAAUUCGAAAUGAAAAUGUUUCAUUAUUUCGUUCAAUGCAUUUUUCUCUUUCAUCAUCAUUAUUAAAAAGAUUUCGUUCACUAUCCACAUAUAAUCUUCCUCAAACUCGUCAUUCUUCAUCACCAACAAUAACUUUAUUUCGUACACAAUCAAUACUUCCAUCAAUUAAUGAAGCAGAAGUAAAUUCAUCAACAACAACAACACAAUCUCAAUUAUCAUGUACUAUUGUUGAUACAUGUCGAACAACAGCUAAUUCAUGUAAUGUUGAAGAAUUAGCUGCUUAUUUAGAUAACUUUCUUUAUUUACCCAAAUCAUUAUCAGGUGCAGCUGAACUUAUGUAUACUUAA